GAUGCCGAUUUUGUCAAAGCGUGGUGGUCCGGCAUCAUUCCAUUCCGCGUAAGCAUAUGCCGCUGGCGCUGUCGCAAGUUGGUUGCCAAUCCCAGCCACCAGCACGGCGAGGAAAAUCUUUGCCUCGGCGCUAGUGCCCCCGCACCAUGUCCAGUCUGGUAUGCAGUCCGACGGGGACAAUAUUUUUGAACGGGGGCUUGCUCUUUGCGUUGUCUGGACGACGAGGGUGACCGGGUGUAGUGGAAGCCUCUUGUAUGUGUGUCUCUCUCGUUAGUUUUCUCCUGCACGCCGCAUCACCAACUGGGCGACAUCUGCUGCGACUGCCCGUGGGGCGUUUCUUCGCACUUUGAACAGGAUCGAAAUCUCUAGUUGCAGCUGGAAACUAGCCAACUGCUCCCUUUCAUCCCUCCCCUAUCUCUGUUUCCUAUCUUGAGCUGUCUUGUCUGUCGCUUCGAAGGGUCUUCAUCAACCCUGGAAAUCGCUGCGGCUCGACAUCGCUAUUGGUUUCCAAAUCUCAGGGUUUAUGUAGUUAAUUACGCGGGAAGACGCAGGGGAGCUUAAUGUAUGUACAGCGUUCUGGAUCGAUGCUUUCAUGUGGGAUCACUGGAUUCGACUAACCAUUUCAUGGGACGAGUUGUUGGGGGUUUUGGAAUAGUGUGAAUUGGAUGCGGCAAUAUGUCUCCUUGUUUUCCUCAUUCUGGGGUUGCGCAUCGCCAGUUCCUGGUGCCUGAAGGAUCUGCAAACGAAGGCAGCGAAGAGUUUGGCCGGAUGAAGGGCUGGAUAUAGCAGGUGUAUGGGACCAAGGUUUUGGUCACGGAUUAAGCUUGUGCAUACCCCUAGCAGGAGCAACAGGGGGUUGAAAUCUCCGGAUUAGUAUGUAAAUCAGGUUCUCUUUGGGUGAAUGCUGUUUUUGUAUAUGUCUGUAAAUGAUUAGAUAUAUUGUAAGCUCCCCCACAGCCUCAGACAGAACUGGCGAACUUAAGGCCAGUCCCCACAUAGAUAUCUUAUGAGUGAUGGUAAAUUACGGAGACGGCAUUUCCAUUUCCAGGUGCCGGCUGCAUUCUCGUCAGGGGAUUCAAUCAGCCCCGUGCUGCGCCGUAGCUGUCCAUUUUCAAGGCACUCUCCCGUACACAGAUCAGUGGGGAUUCUGUCUCCGUUGUAACAGUUUUCUAUAACUUCUCCUUAUCUCAUACUAGUACCGCUUUCCGAUGAAGUCUGGCGGAGGAGGUACCAUGAUGAGAGAGGAAAAUGAAAAUCCUUUUGAAGAAAGGUCGGAGGCGCAAUCUCAUCUGUCGGUAGCCGACGACGCUUUUAAGAAUGCGCAGGAACUUGCGGUUAUGGCCUCGAAUCCGGUACUCGUCAUAGUAGACGCCAACAAGGAGGUCUCCACUCAUGCUCUCGAGUGGGCGCUCACCCAUGUUAUACAGAAGGGAGACUCGGUGAAGCUGCUCGGGGUUUUGCAUCACAUUCUCAAUCCAAUGGGGUAUAAAUCUCGCGCCGACGAGAAGAGCUGGAAUGGAGCGAAUCGAAAAGUUUUGGAAAACGAAAUUGCAAUACAUUUGGCUAUUUUUGAGAGCAUUCCACACAUCUACGAAAUAGUGGAGAAAUUAGGGGCUAAGUUGGAAAUUGAAGUGCGGGCUCAUGUUCAUCCAAAAUAUCUGGUUGUGGAAGAAGCGAAAAAACUCAAAGCGCGAUAUGUCGUUAUUGAUAGGCAUAUCAAGAAGGAUAAGAAAUUCUACAUUAAGAAUCUAUCUUGCUACGUGACACGAGUGAAGACGGUCGUGAAUUUUGAGCAUCUCCGUCAUGGUUUGCCUGAAACCGAGGAACCUGUGGAGGCCGUCCAAGCACCUGCGGUGUCGAAAAUAGCGCUUGAUCGACCUCAGAUGCCAGCAUUGCAAGACUCUUCCACUAUCACAAUGCCGCAGUCGCGAAGCAUUUCACAGCAGCAUCAGUCUAAAGAGCCGCUAUUGCCUUCCAGCGACUUCAUGGCUAGAAUGAGGCGCCGCCCGGGUGACUAUAAUCCUUACAACACGGGCUUAACAUCUGCGGCCACAGCAAUGCGUGGUAGAUUCUCCUACGGUCCGCGACCAAGUUUCAACAUGGCUGACGCCACGCGGGAGUUGGCUGCACGACAAUGCCUGGCACACUCGAGUUGUGCGAGCGAUCCAGCUUUGUAUUCUAGAAAUUCGGAACUUGGUCACAUGGCCAUAGGAUAUCCUGAGAACUCGGUAGGGGAUCCCACUUCUCCACCGCAGACUCCUGCAGUUACAGAAUUUCUCGCAGGGUACAGGUUAAAUUUGUGUUAUCAAGGAAUGGGCAACGCCCUGCCGCCGAUGUCCAUGCACAAGCCAAAGCCGAAUCGGAUGUCACAGUCGUCAUCGAUGUAUCUUACUUCCAAAAGCUCUCAUGACCGACAUUUUAACUUAUUUCAACACCCUAGUGAAGCCGCCGCAUUGGAGAGCACAGGACCAGAGAGCGCUGUAGCUGAAUUACGGUCUAUAACCUCCAAAAUGAGCCUCUCAGAUAAGAGCCACGGCGGUCCUAUGCCGAUUUCUGUACAGCCAAAGCGAGUAGCAGAUGCAAACUGGGGUCUAGAAUUGCUUGGAGUUGGUAAUACAGUAGUGCAAGCUUCAGGAAUGACUGAGGAGCCUACACCAGUUGAUAGUAAGGAUCAAUCAGAACUAGGGCGCUCGUCCAGCGUCCGACAGGCUGUAGGAAGCAGGAUACAGAGUCCUGGGGCGCCUCCCUUGUGCUCAUUGUGUGGACAGAAAUCCCCUGAUUUUAGUAAGGUGAAGAGAUUUACCUUUCUGGAGCUACAGAAAGCCACGAACAAUUUCAGUGGAGAGCAUUACCUAGCCGAAGGGGUGUACGGGUCGGUGUACAAAGGGAGGUUGAAGGACGGGCAACUAGUGGCUGUGAAGCAGCACAAACUGGCAACCUCGCUGUCUGACGAGCAGUUUGCCGCAGAGGUUGAAGCUCUCAGUUGUGCACAGCACAGAAAUCUUGUGACGCUUAUUGGUUACUGCGUGGAAAACAAACUCCGCCUGCUUGUGUAUGAGUAUAUUUGCAAUGGCUCCUUGGACAGACAUCUUUCCCCGAAGAGCAAGUCGGGCCUGCAGUGGAAACAUAGGAUCAAGAUCGCUCUGGGAGCAGCUAGUGCGCUACGGUACUUACACGAGGAGUGCCGCGUCGGAUGCAUCAUCCAUCGUGACAUGCGACCCAACAACAUCCUCCUCACCCACGACUUCACUCCAAUGGUUGGAGAUUUUGGUCUGGCACGACGCCAACCUAGUGGAGACGAGGCGGAGGAAACCCGGGUGCUAGGCACCGCUGGGUACUUGGCUCCAGAGUAUGCCGAGACCGGCAAGAUCACCGAUAAAGCAGAUGUUUACGCGUUCGGUGUUGUGUUGCUGGAGCUCAUUUCGGGUCGCAAAGCCAUCGACAACUCGCGACCACGAGACCAAAUGUUCCUGACGGAAUGGGCCCGGCCCUUGCUGGAAUCCUACAACCUGUCCCAACUUGUGGAUCCUCGCUUGGGGAACAAUUUCGACGAAUAUGAGAUGCAUUGCAUGAUGCAUGCAGCCAAUCAAUGCAUUAAGAAAGAUCGGUUGAUGCGUCCACGUAUGAUUCAGGUUCUCCGUAUCCUGAAUCCACCGGAAGAGAGCGACUGGAUCUACAAGGGGAGCAAAAGCAACGCCUCCCCUGGGGACAGAUCCCCCCGAGGAGCAAUGGCCAGCCCCAGCGACAGCGAACUGUCCUCGUGCCCAGUCUCCUCCAGGAACUCUACCGGCGUCAGCUGCUCCCAGUCCGAGGCAUCCACGGGUUCGUACUCGGGCGCGAGCGACACCGAAUCCGUGGCCUGCGCGCCACGCUCGAAAUUGUCCAAGCUCGGCAGCAAAUCCAUCUGGAGGACAUUUUCGCGGGAGAAGCUGUCCUGCGACGGCUCGUUCCGUGACAUCGCGGCCGUGAACCGCAUGUCCUGCGACAGCGACAUGCUGUGAAGAUUGGGACCCCGAGACUACAAACCACUUUUCCGGUCUUGGAGAUGUUAACGGCUGAAACGUCGUGUCACCAUGGUUUUGGAUGUCAGCGAAGAGUUCCAAGUUUAGAAUGUAUAACGCUGAAGCCUAUUCCCCCGUCCAGAGAAUGGAGGAUAGCAACGUUGCAUUCAACACGAAACUCGCUUCUAGACCCAAGGGAAGAGUGGUCACAUGAGAUGGGCACCCACCGAGAUGGGAAAACCAUAAGAAUUGUUUAGCUCAAUGACUCUGACCUGACUAUGGAAGGCGGAAGGAGGCGUGAUGCAAGUUCUCGGCCGACGAUUUUGAGUGCAGAUCAGAGAGAUAAGACUCCUGCAGCGGGUCGAUGCUGUUCGAUCCGCGCGCCUGGAUGAGUGUACACUGUAAUGUAGAUUCUAUCGUACAUGAGGGAUUGUUUUGUACAUAAAACGGUAUUCUGCCUACAAGCCAUCGAAUGCGGAUUCUAUCCCUCAAUGCCUUGUUCUUAUCCACCACUUGCCGGAUACCCUAGCUCAUAGCACCGUUGCUUUGCGGUGAUCAGUUCUUUCUUCAUCUCUUGCCUGCGUAGCUGCCAUCGUCCUACUCUGUGUCUGCCGCUGCGGUGUUUUCUAUUUGCAUUUUGAUGCCGUCUUGAGUAAUGAUGCUGAUGGAAAUAAAGAGAAAUAGCUAGACGCUCUGACUGUUACUCA